AUCAUUGCUGCAUUUUUAGCUUGUAACACGAUAUUAGAGAAAGUGCCCCCUGUCAGCAUGUGCUACUUUGCAGAGGAAAACGACUCCUGUCUAUUGUUGAGGUGCCUAUUUGCCAGUAGGGGUGAUCAUCAGUUCUGCGUGUAGAAACAGAGUCGUCCUUCCCCCACCGCCUCUUUUUCUUUUCUUUUUUUAAACUUCUAGCAGAAGUGCGGAUGUGAGUUGCAUAUUGAUACGGAACAGGCCGCCAGUUUUUUUUUUAUACAGCAAUGCGUGCUUAGGCAAUGAUCAUUUUGUGGAGCUAUGAAUCCAGAGGAGCAGACAGUAACGUGGUUAAUAUCACUCGGAGUGCUCAGCUCGCCUAAAAAGAACAUCGCGGACCCGGAGGAGUUUCUGAAAACAUCGUUGAAGGAUGGGGUCGUCCUGUGCAAGCUCACGGAGCGACUCAUACCUGGCUUCACUCCUAAGUAUUGCCAGGAUCCGAGAACUGAAGCCGACUGCAUUACCAACAUCAAGGAGUUUUUAAGAGGAUGCUCGUCCUUAAAAGUGGAGGGGUUUGAACCCGAGUGCUUAUACACUGGGGAGAAUUUUGGUAAAGUGCUGACCACUUUGCUGGCAGUCAACUUUGCCACACAAGACUGUGCUGCUGAGAGGUCAUGUUCUCAGUCCGGUGCCCACUCUCCUAGUCACUCGACAUCUUCACACACACUCUCCUCUGCCAAAUCCAAAGGCUCUCUGCGUAGACAAUCCAAAUCAGUGGAGAUGUCUGAGAACGGUGGAGGAGGGCAGCUGAUGGUGAAGGCCCGCUUCAACUUCAAGCAGAACAAUGAGGAUGAGCUGUCAUUCAACAAAAGUGACUUGAUCCACGUGAUGCGGCAGGAGGAGGGAGGAUGGUGGGAGGGCAGCCUCAACGGCAAGACGGGCUGGUUCCCCAGCAACUACGUCCGGGAGAUCAAACCCUGCGAGAAGCCAGCGUCUCCUAAAGGAACUCAGCUGACCAAGAACUACUUCAGUGUGGUGGUACAGGACAUCUUGGAACAUGAGCGGGAGUUUGUGAAAGAGUUACAAACGGUGCUGAGUUGUUAUCUACGACCCCUGCAAGCCAGCGACAAGCUGAGUGCUGCAGACAGUGCCACCCUGUGUGGAAACCUGGAGGAGAUACUCACCUUCCAGCAGGGACUAUGUGGCUCUUUGGAGGACUGCACCAAAGUCCCGGAGGGCCAGCAGCGAAUGGCGGGCUGCUAUUUAAACCUGAUGUGUCAGAUCAAGACUCUGUAUCAGGCUUAUUGUUCCAGCCAUCCGUCAGCUGUUUGCAUCCUCACUGAUCACAGUGAAGAACUAGACAAGUUCAUGGAGAGCCAGGGAGCCAGUGCUCCAGGGAUCCUGACCUUGACCACCAGUCUCAGUAAGCCCUUCAUGAGGCUCGACAAAUACCCCACACUGCUGCAGGAGCUGGAGAGACAUGUGGAGGAAGCCCACCCUGACUAUGCUGACAUUGUAAAGGCAACAGCAGUAUUUAGGAGCCUAGUGGCACAGUGCCAGGAACUGCGGAAGCGUAAGAACCUGGAACUCCAGAUCUUGUCAGAACCAGUGCGGGGCUGGGAGGGAGACAGCAUGAAGGGCCUGGGUCACGUGGCCUACAUGUCCCAGGUCCACGUGAAAAAUGGGUCCAGUGAGGAAAAAGAGGAGCGCUAUCUAAUGCUUUUCCCUAAUGUGUUAGUCAUGCUCUCCGCCAGUCCCCGGAUGAGUGGCUUUAUUUAUCAGGGAAGACUGCCACUGACGGGCACCACAGUAACGAGGCAUGCAGAGGAUGCAGACAAUGCCCACUAUGCCUUGGACAUCACAGGAAGCAUGAUCGAUCGUAUCACAGUGUUCUGCUGUAGUUCCCAGGAGUUACAAGAGUGGUUAGAGCACCUUCAGCCCUUUACCAAAGGAGGAAGCCCUCCAGGCACCAUCUCGAAGACUGUAGAAGGCAAGACCCUGAGCAUGGUCGGCACCCCAACUCACCUGUCCAACCUGGGCAGCCUCAGUGCCAUCAGUCGCGGCCCCCUGGAACCGCCAAAGACCAGCAAGCCCUGGUCUCUUAGCUGUCUGCGCCCCGCGCCUCCCCUCAAACCCUCUGCUGCGCUGGGAUACAAAGAGAGGAUGUCUUAUAUCAUAAAGGACUACAGCAAGAGCCCGAGGCCCAUGAAGAAGUUCCUGCCAGGCAAUAGGAAGAAAGAGCGGAAGCCUUCUGAUGACGAAGUUCAAACGAGGAAAAGCACGGCCGCGCUGGAGGAGGACGCUCAGAUACUGAGGGUGAUCGAGGCGUACUGCACGGGAGCCAGCCUGCACCAGACCACCACGGGUGUGCGGUUAUCGGUGCGGAAAGAGUGCGUCCCUCAGGUGCUUCUGCCAGAGGAAGAGAAGAUCAUCGUGGAGGAGAUGAAGAGCAACGGGCAGACAGUUAUUGAGGAAAAGAGCCUGGUUGAUGCUGUGUAUGCUUUAAAGGAUGAAGUUCAUGAACUGAAAAAGGAGAAUAAGUGGAUGAAGCAGUUUCUGGAAGAGGAGCAGAAGUCUCGCAAAGAGCUGGAGAGAGUGGUUCGAAAACUGGCCAAGCAGAAGAAUGAUUGUGCUUGGGAUGACGGCGGCCACUGAACACAUCCACGCAAUCCUCCUCAUCCUAGUGUGGCUGUGUGUGUAUGUGUAUGUGUACAUUUAUGUAAGCGUUCUUGUGGAGGGUCAGGUGUGUGCGUGUGUGUGUGUGUGUUUUUGUCUAUGUUGCGUCUCCAUAUUUCAAUCACACAUAGCAGAGUUGAACUCCCUCGCUGACGACAAUGCUUGGAGUUUCUUUGCUUCAAGUGCUGGAGCUUGAUUUGACAUUUUUGAGGAAAUCUAAUCUGUCUUCCCGAUCCAGCCGCACUAGAUGAGACCACAGAUAUGCUUCUUCGUGAAGCAGCUCAGCUUAACAAAGACUGGUAAAGCGGGAUGUUUCAAACAUAUUGCCUCUCGGCGACUGGCACUGUGAACACUCCCCUAACAAAUGGAACAAUUUUGGACAAAGGACAAAAAAACAAGUUCUCCACCACUUCUUUUGCUUCAGUCGGAAAUGGAAAAGGAGUCCAAAGCCGUCGUGUCCAAUAGGAGUUCUCUUUGCAUGCACAAGGACUGAGUUUCUUCUUCUUCUCACAUCAUUUUUUUUCUUCUCAUUGCCAUAUUUUAUUUUUUCACAAGGACACCCAGUGGGGGAAAUGGAUUCAUUGAGCUUUUUGAGAAUGUGUGAUUGUCAUUUUUGUACCCUUCUAGACAUUCACGUUACAAGUUUCCAUGCUCUUUUGUAGGCGUUUAAUGCAAUUCAAACAGGUUAGCUCAUCAUGCUACAAUCAGUUGUUUCAGCAGCCCCUUGACUGUUCAUUUAAAAACUGCAUGAAUGUGUUUCUACAGUAAGAAUUCUGCAUCAGAAAUGUGAUAAUCAAGAUAUUCAGAUAUAUAUAGUCCAAAGCUAUCAGGGAUGCAGCUGCAUAAUAGAAUAGAAAAGGCUUAACUAUGUAUCAUUUAUAUAGAAGAGUACCAGAUAUUGACAAGUACGUCACCCUUACUCUCUUUACUAAAAUAUAUUCAACUAUAAUUUUAACAUAAUAAUUACAUAGCCUUGCUUUAUUUUGAAUUUUAAAAGAGUAUUCAUUAUUUAUUGUUCACCUAAGCAUUUAAUUGUGGUGUUAGCCUUAUAGAUAUGUUUUUUCUGCCUUUUUACAUCUGUCUGGAAUUUUAUUAAACUACAUUGAUGUGUAAAGGCAGAAAAAGAAAUCCUCGUUUUGGCCAAGGGAAUAUGACAUUUUCUCAUUUAAAAAAAGAAGUUCUGAUGAGUCUGAUUUGAGAAUUUUGUUUGCAGCCUGUGUGCGGCCUCAUAACAGGGUCCUGCAUAGCUGAUAGCGACAGGAAAUACAAAGGAGAGAUUUAUUUGUGGGUGUAUAGCUCAACUGUGUAAGUGCCUCCCCGAAGGGGUCGUUAAACGUAAGUUUAAGACCGGACUGGGACUAAAUGCAUGAUUUAUAUUGAAAGUGUCACAGGUGGUUUGUUGUAAUAUUUCAAUAAGAAUGGCUCAAGCUUAAUGGGUAU